AUGACGAACCUUACACCAUGGGAAUACAUCAUGACGAGCCGUCGCUUCACAUUGUUUUCGAAACUACCAGUUGAGAUGAGAGACAAGAUCUGGAGGUUGACUCUCGAGCCACGUAUUGUCGAAAUUAGACCCAAAAAAGACCAGCACGGUCGAUUUUAUUCUACUGCUCCGCUACCCACUGCAUUGACAGUCUGUAAAGACUCGGAGCAAGCUGUCCUAUCUUUAUAUCCUAAGUUACUUGAUGGAGACCUCGAUGCUGGAGGAAUUCAAUUCAACGCCAAGAUUGACACCCUAUAUCUGGAUUGGAAACUUCAAGAGCACUUGACGACCUUCUUGCUAUCAAUUGAUUUUCAGGAGGCUGAAAAGAUCCAAUACUUGGCUAUAGAUCAGUACAUUCGGUGGUCACGCCAGUCCAUUGAUUUGGACUAUGACUGGGAACGAGUCCCCGCAAUCUUUCAUCCACUGACAAUCUUGGACCUUCAAACUAAAUUUUUCAGACAUUGCUGUCACAUUGUCGUGGACCACAAUAUCUGCAGAAUUGACUCUGAAGAUCUCGAACAGCUUUGCUCUAUAGUGCGACUUAUGAAAAAAUUGAAGGAGCUCAUAUUUGUACAUGACGACAUUAUUUGGGAUGCAGAGUUGUUGGAAGAAAGUGGAGUACUUCCCCAGCAGGAUGAGCUUGCUGGCUUGACACUCUUUAAGCCUGAAGAGGUCUACGAUCUGUUCCCAAAACCAGUCAACAUGAUCCUUUCCGACUAUCGCAAGUCUAUUGAGUAUUAUAAUGAAGAUAUGCUAGUUGAUAGUCUUCACGACGAUCUCAAAACGAAAUUUGAGAGUCCAAAGUUCGAGAUGCUGGUCCGAUAUGGAUGGAGGUUCCCAGAUUCGUUGUCACUCCCUUCACGUCAAACCCGUCUUACUGAAUCGGAAUAA